AUGCAUAGUAUUGUAGAUUUUAUUGCAUCCCCUUUAAUUAUCUACACAAAUAUGAGCAUUAUUGACAACUCAAAAGAAUUAGCUGAUGAUGGUGAUAUAAUAUCCCAAGUUAAUUAUUAUAAUAGAAUCGAAGGAGUUAAACCAUUAUUGCCCUCAAUAGAUAUUUCGUCAACUUCUAUUAAAGAAAAUUCUCUCAAUUUGAAGAAUUUACCACAAAACGCAGAAAUCCCAUUAUAUUCAUCUGUUACAAAUACUGAUUCAACUGUCACUGAUAUUAUAUGUAAUAUUACAGAUACAAAUAAUUUUGAUACAGCUGAAGCCACUAAGUCUCAACCUUUGCGCAAAUAA